AUGGACACCACAACAGACUACAACACCAUCCUGUACCAAAAAGACAAGGUGACGCAGAAAGUCGUGGACGCCGCAGCCGCAGGGAUGCAACCCACCGCCGAGGAGAAGAGUGUCGCCACGGCCUUCGACGGCGAUGGCAACACUACUGUCGAGCGUGAGUCUCUCGAAGCCACGGACGAGGAGGAGACAACGAACACCUACGACGAUCCGCAGACAGGCAAGGGAAAGUCGUAUGAGUCUAGCAGGAGCACCACAGUGAGCGGCAGCAGCUCGGUCUCGCGCUCGGAGACUGGUUCCCCGAAGGAUGCCGCAGGCGCCCUGGUCACCGGUGGCCACGGCGCGUCGGACGACGGGACAGUGCAGUUUGUGAUGUAUGAGAAGCGUGUGACAUACUCGUACAAAGAAUCACAGCCCCUCCUGAACGCCUCCACGCCGCUGAGCAUCACGGCAGGACAGGAACAAUGUCAGCCUGCGUCUGCAAACACGAGCGCCGCCUUUCCUGAAGGCUUUUCUCAGCUCAUAGAGCCGACCAUGCCAACGCCACCGCGCAUCAAUUUCAUUGGUGGUCCAGGUGGUCCAGGUCGCUCUGGCACUCGCGGCGCGGCAGCGUACACGCAGCUCUCCCCUCCCCCCUCCGCCCCGCAGGCAACCGGCACGAGCGCGCCAUACCCCUUCUCCGACAGUUACCCGGUUCUGCCGAGCACCGCCGUCAACGCUCCGUCAUUCUCGACCGCCUACCCCAACAGCACCAGCGCCGGCCCAGGAUACUCUGCUGCCUACGCGCCUGAGCAGACACCGUACCACAAGCUCACAGGUGAGCUCGAAACUCAGGCGGCUGGCCCGUCCGCCGCUGUUGACCCCUUGCGGAAGAACGACGAGGAGGUGGCUCCACGGCGGAAGCGUCGCUGGGGCGCCGCUGCAGACGCGGACGAGAAACAGCCGCACCGCAGCCGUCGUAUCCACAUACAGGACGAAGUCGUGGAGGAGGACGAGGAGUACUCGGACGAGGAGGACGACGGCUCGGAUGAGGCAUACACCGGCAGCAGCUACUCGGACGAAGAAGACAGCUACAGCUAUAGCGGAGACGAGGAGGACUACGAGUACUACGAAGAGUUCUACGAGGAGGAGGUAGAGGAGGAUGAGGAGGAUGAGGAGGAACCGCGCAUUGACAUUAUCGAGGGCAGCGGCCACGGUAACACCCUGCACGAUAUCCUUUACGGCACCCCAAAAGCUGGCGCGAACGCCAACGGGAACAACAGCAGAGACCUCCGCGAGUCCAUGCGAUCAGACAGUCCCUACCACAUGCCGCCGAAGGACAAGCAGGAGCCCCCUCGCUACGGCCACCUACACCCGCGUCACAACGACGAGGAAGACGAGAAAGAGGACCGCCUCCGCUCCAAAUCGGCCCAGUCGUGGGAGGCCGCAGAUAAGGCGGCGGCGGCGCACCGUCGUUCUGCGACGCCAGAGCGCGUGAGUCGGCAUCACCACCACAAGAAGUCAGCCAAGGGCUACGAGGGAACAGCCAGCGAGAAUGGUGAGAAUCACCACCACGCCGCUGCUGGUGUCGGCAAGAAGUACAGGAAAGGCGUGUAUGAGCACGGCGAGCCCUACACGGAGGGCACCUUCAAGGCCAAGGGCAGGAGGAGCAAGAAGGACAAGGCGGGAGGCCACUACGGAGCCCUGGCGGAUCUCGACGAGAUUAUGGAUCAAAGCACAGCCGACUCAGAGAGCGAAAGAAACGAAGCGCCGCAUGAACCGGCUGGCAAAGACAGCCGGCCAGCCUUCCGCCCGUUGGGUUCUAGCGACAGCGAGGAUCUCGAUGACUUCACCGCCCCUUCCAGAAGUCUCUCGCGCAACCGCAAGAGUCGGCAGUUCGCCAAGGAAGUGAAUGAGGAAGACCGUCGUCACUACCGCAGCGGUGCCGAGAGAAUGGAGGCGACAAAUGCCACGAAUUUCGACGCCAGGGACGGCGGCAAGGUCAUUAGGGAGGAGGAGCCUGUCAACACACCGUCGCAGCAGAAGCACGUGGGUGCGAGUGAUGGGGCUUCGGAUGCGACGGAGCAUGGGAACGAAGAUAACUUGUCAGGCAAGGACACAAAGAGGGAAACCGAGAAGAAGCCCAGGGGCGGCCUUAUCAUUAAGUGUACCUGCUGCUCAACAGAGAAAACCACCGACGCCAAGGCCGGCGGGAAGAAGAAGAAAAAGUCCAAGUGCGGCCUCUUCAGCAAGUGCCGCUGCUGCUCGAAGAAGAAGGACAGCGACGCCGAUGCCAAAGACAACGAGGACAAGAAAAAGUCCAAGCGCGGCCUCUUCAGCAAGUGCCGCUGCUGCUCGAAGAAGAAGGACAGCGACGCCGAUGCCAAAGACAAGGAAGACAAGAAAAAGUCCAAGCGUCCCCUUAUCGUUACUUGUGCCUGCUGCUCGAAGAAGGACAGCGACGCCGCUGUCAGCGAGAAGAACCCCAAGGGUCCCAUCCUCAUUAAAUGUACCUGCUGCUCGAAAGAGAAGGACAAGAAGCCCGAGGGCGGCAGGAGCGGUAUGUUCAGCUGUCUCUUCACCAUGUGCAGCAGCAAGAAGAGUACCAAAGAUCAGGUGGCGGACAAGAAGGGCAAGGAAGCCGACGAGGAGGCGGAAGGAGCGAAGUCCGACGGGACAUCCCCAUCCAGGAAUCUCACCACGUCCUUUGCCGAGAGUCCAGUAGAUCAUCAGCCCAGUAGCCGGCAGUUGAACCAGAAGAGUGACAAGAAGGCGAACAAGGCGUCCAAGGUUUCCAAGUCACGGCAGGCGAGGCACCAGGAGGAAGAGGAAGCCACCGCUGAAAGAUCAAGGUCUGCGUCCUCGGUCUCGUCAGCGGCGAUGGCAGGGGAGUUCGAAGACCGCAGCGAGGCCAGUGCUUCGUUCCCUCCAAAGAACGCGAAGCGCGGCGGCACUCAUACCCUGUCUGAUGGCGCUCCUGUUGCACCAGCUGCUUUGAGGCAAGAAGACUCUGGGAGCGAGGCGAGUGCUCCGGUCAGCAAGAAGGCAUCGUAUGAACUGGCCCCGAGGCCGUCGUCACCCUCGGCUGGUCACGUUCACCGUCGGCACAGUCGCACGAGGGCGCAGAGAAGCACUGCCACACCGGUCACCGGUCACUCGCCCCUUCACAUAAAGCCAGAGAACCCCGGUGUUGUGAUUCCUGUGGACGUGAGUGAUGUGGACGAGAGCGACGAGUCGAGGGUCUCGAACUCGCCAAAGGCACAGCAAAAGCGAAGUCACCGCCAUCGCGAAAUACGAGUCGUCGACCAUCGAAGCAAGCACAGAAGCGAGAAGGACAGUCGGCGCAAGAGAGCUGAGAGCAGCCGCGCCGACAGAGCUGUGUUGCUCAAUGAGAAGCCGAGGAAUAGAUCCGUGUCCAGUGCGGGUGGGAAGCGGUCAUCGCCAGCUUCGUGA